CUCAUUACCUCUUUUAAAUAUUUCCCCGCGUGUUAGUAGUUCCGGUAAAAAAAAAACGAGCGCCCUCUACCGGGGAAACUCGUCCAUUUUAAGGUCAGCAGCGAUUUAGUUCUUUUGCGGGAGAGCAUCUGCCUUUCAAGAUGACGAAAGGUACAUCAAGUUUUGGAAAGCGCCACAACAAAACCCACACUCUUUGCAGGAGAUGUGGUCGCAGCUCUUAUCACAUCCAGAAAUCUGAAUGUGCCCAGUGUGGAUACCCAGCUAAGAAAAUGAGAUCCUACAACUGGUCAGUCAAAGCUAAAAGGAGGAAGACCACUGGUACUGGCCGUAUGCGCCACUUGAAAAUCGUCCGCCGUAAGUUCAAGAACGGAUUCAGAGAGGGACUACCUAAACCGAAAGCUGCCCCUGCCAAAUAAUGAAAUAACAAUUAUUAUAACAACUUAAAUUAAGUUACGGCAGAUAAACUUGAAUAAAAAAAAAGGAAUAUCCUCUAAAUAAUAACGUAUUGUUUUUUAA